GACCCCUUCGCAAGGAUAACGCGAAAGGACGAACACGAAUCACAAACAAACAAUUAAUAAUACAUCUGAAAGUUUAGCGCGCGGCACUCGCAUAGUUCAUCCACACUUAUAACUCGAUUCCUACAGCCAGUGCAAAACAAAAAGUGCAGGCAUUAAUUAAUUUAAUGCAUGUGUACAAUAUCCUGGAAGUACAAAAGCGGACACGGAUACGAAUACACGAUACACUUUAGGGCAAGUGAUCGCUAACUACCAUUAAAAGUACAAUAGAGGAUAACAAAAUGUUCCAGCACAGCGCUAAAGCAGAUAUUAGAAUUUCUCGAAGUGACUAAGCUUAGCAAUCAGACCCUGACCACAACCCCGAGGAUUAGAUUAGCAGGAUGCACCAGGUACUUAGCUACGAGACGGCAGUGCGGGCCAACAGCUCUCGCGAAUUCCGAGAAUAUGUCUCCAAGCGCACUUGUGCCUCCCUGGUCCUAACGAUUGCCUUCUUCAUGCUGAUAACAGGAUACUUGCUGGGAAAUUUCGUGGCCGAGCGCAAGUACCACAUACGCCAGAUGACAAAGGGCAUAGUUAAGGACAUGGACGGCGAAAGGUCCGUGAAACUGAACAGCGCGGAAUAUGCCAGCCUGCAGGAGCUGCAAACAUAUCAGAAGGCCAAGGGCCAGCUGCUAGUGUCCGCCCAGGUCCUCGACAAACUGCAGCAGCAGGACGAGAGCGAGCGGUAUCUGGCCACCUCGCUGAACACGGAGAUCUUUAACAAGUACAUAUCCUGCACGCAGGACAUACCGCCCAACACGAACAUAGCGGCCAGUCAGUUCACGGAGCAACUGAUCGACAAUACGGUGGCAAGGCAGCGCCAUUGCAUGAGGAUCAUCCAGGUGGUCAUCGACAACCACCUGGCCAACAGUCAGCUCUAGGCAUUGGGCAUUCCAAGAAUGGUUUAGUGGGCCAACGUUCAAGAUUUAUUACUUAUGUAUGUGCUUUUAGGUGUGCUCAAUGU